AUGAAACGUUUCUGGAAGUGGGUUGUGGAUCAGAAAAUAAGUACCAUUCGAAAAUGGCAAUCAGUUAUGUUCCAUCUCGAUCGUGAUCAUCAACACAACGGAAGUCAUCUGAAACCGAUCGGUGGUAGCGAUGAUGAAUUGGAUCGGACGCAGAAACGAAAUUCGAAAAUUUUUCAAGAGCAGAAUGAUGAUUAUCGAUCCAGUAUUUCGUUACAGGAUUUUGAUGUUGCGUAUGAAAGUGAGCCAAUCGAUUUUGAAGAAUUUUUCGACGAAUCAUCAGUUGCCAUCGAAUCAGCUUUACUCUAUUUGAAAAGUUGA